UGGCAAUCAAGCAUUGGUAUGUAUAUCGCGUUGGUCCGGGUUUCGAUGAGCGUCGACGUCAUAGGACAAAUGAUCACGUGGGUCUGAAGAUGCCUGCGUGACCUGGAUUGGCUUUGUCUCAGCACACAGUUGGUCACUAGCCAGUCGAAAUUUCGGGCCCCAGAUUCGAACAUCCCAUCCCUGGAUCAGCAUCUCCACGCCGAGAGCCACUGCCGAGCAGGAACCCGACCCCGGAUGCGGACACUGCCAUCACGACGCGUCGCGAUAGUAUCGCGUCGCUGCCUGCACAGAAGGCCCCUCUUCCCCAGCCCCUCGUCCUCCUCUCUACACCCAUGAGGUUUAGCACGGUUCUGCCUUCCAGAUGGCCCCGACUUCUCUCUCUUCUCCUCGCGUGGGUACGGGCCUAGGUGUCCAUGGCAUUCCGAAUCAACGCGUUUGGCCAUGUGGACAAGAGAAAACCCGUUCUGUUCCACAAGAUCCCCGCUUCGACGCUCGUUCGUGUCGAUUCAAGCGGUGAGCUUCGUCGUCGCGGCUCCUCCGUCCGACGUUACGCAUGAGCUGCUGAUGGGGGUCAGCAGAUAUAUCCUCUGUCGGUGCCGUAGUCGCAACUGUUUCCGCGCUCAUUCUAAUUCUAUCGGCAUGCAUCGCUUCCCUGGUGCUUCUCACCCUUGAGUCUCUGCGGCGCACCAGGACCGGGUGGCAUACCCGGACCCUCCCCGCACAAUCGGCUUCGCUCGCGUUUCUUAGCUUGUGGUCAUUUCCAGCGCAGAUCCCGGCUUCUAUUUUCGUGGCGUCGCGCGUCACGGGCCGCGCGAGUCUCGCUUGUUCUCGAUGGAGUGCGAGUUCCGAGCAGUGUCAUGCCGAGGAGAUUCGAGCGAGGCGGUUGAUAGUGCGACGAACGCUCGCAAGGACUUCUGCUACUUGACGCUGCCAAGGACUUCCACUACUGUGAGCUUGGUGCCGCUUUGGAUUGGAUUUUCGCUCCGAAUCAUCGUGCCCACCGCACCAGCGGCGUUGCUGGCCAUUCUACGGUGGUUUGCAUCCCCGUUGGCCCUGUCCGCCGCCGCCGUCGCAUUUGCCACCCAGAAGGGGAACCCCGACGAGCCCAGAGUGCCACUCGUCCCCGUCGAGAAGGCUCCACCCCUUUACCCGGCGAAGACGUGUAAUGUAUCAAGCACAUGUGAAAGGGCACCUUAGGCUUCUUGGCUGUCAGAUUCCGGACCCUUGCAUUUGUGCAGUCCUAGUCACAUAUGUGCCCGCGAAAAC